AGCGUCAGUGUUUGGCUUGGUUUAACAAGUUUCCCUGGAUCAUCAUGGGGGUAGGAGUGAGUAGUUAGUUGACACAACAGUACAAAGUUACUGCUCACUUUCCGCUUGCCUCAGGUGGACUCGGUAUUGGACUUUUUUGGCAAAUGUAGGGACGCGAGAAGUUCCCCCAUUUUUUUUUCUCUGAGCGAUUGCACAGACAGUCAAUUCUUUAUUAUCGGGAAAGCCAGACAGAACAGUAACGAUGGACAACUUGUCGUUUGACGACCCGUCGUUGGAUAAUCUGGACCCAACGCUGUCUCUAAAUGACCCCAGCGACAUUGACACGGCCCUCUUAAGCGACAUUGAUGACAUGCUACAGCUCAUCAGCCACCAGGACAUGGAGUUUGGAGGACUGUUUGAUAACGCUCUGUACACGGGGUCUCCUCCCACCCAAGAGGAUCCUUGUUUGACCCAGUCCAUCACCACACCACCACCUUCACCUUCAGUUCCAGCUCCAGCCAUCACAACCACACCUCCGCCUUCAUCGUCCUCUUCCAUCCUAAGCAGUAGCCCACACCUGGAUGCACUCCUUGGCCCUCCCAUCAUCCGUAGUUCCUCCACACCAGACAAGGCCUUCCAGCCUCCCACCUUCCAGCAGUCCCCCUUGGCCCAGGUUCCCGCCUCCACACAGAGGCAGCAGCCAGCCUCCCCGCAGCAGGCUCAGAGCCUCAGGCAGCCCCAGGUGGAGCAGCCCCAACCCAUUCUCAGCCCGCCUGCCCCAACCCCGGCAACUUCACCUCAUUGCUCACCAUCACCAAACCCAUCACCAAACCCAUCACCAAACCCAUCUUUUAGCGCCACACCCCCGGUCCUCUUCACCUCGCCUGCACCCCAGAUUUCGCCUCAACCCCAGCUGCAGGCACAACUUCAUGUUCAGUCGCAACAGGUCCGGAUCAACUUCAGCAGCCAAAAUGGCUACACAACUGUCACUCCCAGCAGUGUGAGCCAAACCACCCCGAUCUUGUCAUCCUCACCUCCGAGUGUUCAGCCGGUGACCAUCCAUGCUCAGCUCCAAGGGCUGACCACCACGUCUCCUCUCCUGACCACGUCAGUGAGUCCCCCAGUUCAAAGCAUCGCACCCCACGUGCAGCAAGUACCAUACUUGUGUGCACCUUCUCAGGUGUUGCUGCAACCCCAGUUCAUCAAGGCUGAGUCUCUGUUGCUGACGACUCUGAAGCAUGACCCCUGCAUUGUCACUACCAUGGCAACCGCCACCACCCCAAUACGGAGCGCUUCACUGCAGGCCUUUAUGGGCGGUGGCACCAUCCUGACAACGAUGCCUGUCAUGAUGGACGCUGAUAAGCUGCCCAUCAACCGCAUCGCCAUCAGCGGUAAGCCGCUCGGCCUGCCACACAAGGGAGAGAAGCGCUCGGCCCACAACGCCAUCGAGAAGCGCUACCGCUCCUCCAUUAAUGACAAGAUCCUCGAGCUCAAAGAUCUGGUGUCUAGUAGUGAGGCCAAGCUCAACAAGUCUGCAGUGCUGAGGAAAGCCAUUGACUACAUCCGUUACCUGCAGCAGACCAACCAGAAACUCAAACAGGAGAACAUGGCCUUUAAAAUGGCAGCGCAGAAAAACAAGUCUCUCAAGGAUCUGGUUGCCAUGGAGGUGGACGCACCGGCUGAUGUGAAGAACGAGCUGCCGACCCCGCCGGCUUCUGACGUCGGCUCCCCCACCUCCUUCUCACACUCUGGCAGUGACUCUGAGCCUGACAGUCCAAUGGGGGAGGACGCUAAGCAGCCGAGUGUGGACACGGCAGACGGAUCGGCAGCAGAAGGCAGUGCUGGCGGCAUGUUGGACCGCUCCCGCAUGGCUUUGUGCACCUUCACCCUCCUCUUCCUCUCCCUAAACCCCCUGGCCGCUCUGCUCUGCUCAUCCGGCAGCAGCUCAGCUGGAAGCACAGCAGCCACUGCCACUAGUCACGCAGGAAGGAGUGUCCUGGGUUUGGAUAUCACAGGGGACUCGUGGAGGUGGAUGGACUGGAUAGACUGGAUGCUGCCAACUAUACUGGUGUGGCUGCUAAACGGCAUUCUGGUGGGGGGGGUUCUGAUCCGACUGUUGGUGUAUGGAGAGCCUGUAACCAGACCUCACUCUGGAUCUUCUGUUUUGUUCUGGAGGCACCGCAAGCAGGCCGAUCUGGACCUGGCUAGAGGAGAUUUUGCCCAGGCCAGUCAGAACCUGUGGACCUGUCUAAAGGCUCUUGGUCGUCCCUUACCCAUCUCUCAACUGGACCUGGGCUGUGCUGCACUGUGGUCCCUGCUAAGAUUCUGCCUCCAGCACCUCUGGGUGGGCCGCUGGCUGGCUGCCAAGGCUGGAGGACUGCGAUCGGACCGCCCCUUGAAGGAAGACGCCAGCAAAAGCAACCGCGAUGCCGCCUUAGUUUACCACCGUUUACACCAGCUACGCAUGACAGGUAAGCUGAAUGGUAGCCACCUGUCAGCAGUGCACAUGGCCCUCAGUGCGGUGAACCUGGCAGAGUGUUCUGGUUCCUGUCUGCCUGUAGCCAGUCUGGCUGAGAUCUACGUCUCUGCAGCUUUACGGGUCAAAGCCAGCAUGCCAAGGAUCCUUCAUUUUACCUCUCGUGUGUUCCUGAGCAGUGCCCGCCAGGCGUGCCUGUCUUCCAGCGGCAGUGUGCCUCCAGCUAUGCAGUGGCUGUGCCACCCACUCGGUCACCGCUUCUUUGUGGAUGGGGAUUGGGCUAUUCGCAGCAUUCCUAAAGAAAGCAUCUACAGCCAGGCUGGCAAUACCGUGGAUCCUCUGGCCCAGGUGACUCAGGCCUUCAGGGAGCAUCUCCUGGAGAAGGCUCUGUACUGUGUGGCCCAGCCUCACAACGAGAAAAACCCCAGCCAGGGAGAGGGGGAGUAUGCUGAUGCCCUGGAGUACCUCCAGCUGCUGAUUAGUGCAUCGGAUGCAGCUGGUGCCACCUCCCAGUCCUUUGCUAUUGGUUCCGACACGGCCACCGUGACCGGCUGUGACCCCCACUCCAAGUGGUGGUCCUCGGUCACCGUGGUGAUCAUCAACUGGCUCCAAGGAGAUGACGCCGCGGCCGAGAGACUGUAUCCGACUGUUGAGCAGCUGCCCCGCAGUCUGCAGAACGCAGAGAGUCUUCUGCCUCAGACGUGUCUGAACACUUUCAGGGCUGUGCGGGCUCUGCUGUCCAAGCCAGAGAACUGCCAGCUGAGUCUGAGCUACAGCGACAAGGCCAGCACCCUGCUUCGAGACAGCUUCAACCUCGGACCACACUGCCACAGCUCCAGCUUAGACAAGGUUGUCCAGUUGCUCUUGUGUGAUCUCCUGUUGGUGAUGAGGACCAAUGUGUGGCGCCUGCAGCAGCAGGGGGCCGGUCCUGCGGGGUCGGGGUCGGUGGGUACCAGCGGCCCGGUGGGAGUCCACCAGGCGUCCCCACCUGAGCUCCAAGGCUUUCAGCAAGACCUCAGUUCCCUACGCAAGCUGGCACAUAGCUUCAGGCCUGCGAUGCGAAGAUUGUUCCUUCAUGAAGCGACAGCAAGGCUGAUGGCGGGAGCCAGUCCCACCCGCACGCAUCAGCUCCUGGACCGCUCGCUCCGACGCAGGGCGACGCCCGGAGCCAAGACAGAGGAGUGCGAGACGCGUCCAGGUCAGCGGGAGCAGGCCGAGGCUGUGAUGCUGGCGUGCCGCUACCUUCCCCCCUCCUUUCUGUCGGCUCCCGGCCAAAGGGUGGGCAUGCUGGCGGACGCAGCCCGCACCCUGGAGAAGCUGGGAGACAAGAGGACCCUCCACGACUGCCAGCAAAUGAUCAUCAAGCUGGGCAGCGGCACCACCGUCACCAACAGCUAGAGGGAAGGAAGGUGGGCAGGGUGCUGAGAGAAUGCAUGGACGCUGUAAAUAAAAACCUCCCUGAAAUGCAAAAACACAGACGGAACAGAAACCCCCACAGAGACCACCCGGUCUCUGGCGUUCUGGUGUGCAGCUGUUGAACUAAUUGACUUAAACUAUCCAGAUUCGUAUCAAAUUGAAAGCAUUUUGUUUAUGGACUGUCGGCCCUCAUCAGAAAGUUCACAUUCUUGUUGCUAUGGAUUAUUACAAGAAUAAAGGAAGCUCACUUACGGAGCUGAAUCCCCUCAUGAGACUAUUGCAGUGCCACGGUUCUACCACAGAGAGGAGCCAUCACGUCCUCUUAGUGGACAGUGCAGUGCGACUGUGUGUGUGUUUGACUGUGUGUGUGUGUGUGUGUGUGUGUGUGUGUGUGUGUGUGUGUGACUGUGUGGCAUGCCAGAGAUACUUGCCCUGCACUUAUUCAGUAUAGACCCUCCUACGAUAUUUUCAUCAUAGAUGCACCUUUUGUGCUCAGUGGGUUGUCGUGGAGGUCUCCCCUUGAUUGGCUGCAGAGUGCGGGGUCUCUUGUUCGUGGGAGGAAGAGACCAAAUUCUGAUUGGUCGGACCGUGGGCCCGUUCAGUGUGAAGCCUCUCCGCAGGUUGUUCAAAAAGUGUUAAAGUUAAAAUUGCAAUCAUGUUUUUACUUGUGAUAAUCUGAGGAGAGGUGCCCCUGUACACGCUCUAUGUUUCUAUCUGCACUAGCCCUGCGUGGCUGAUUUCAAUGAGAAAAGUAAUAAUGUGGCUUUAUGAAGUUUUUUUUCAUAGAGGUCAUUUUUUAAAUUUUGUACAUAUUUUAAAAUGUAUUUAUAAUCUGUAUGGCAUUUUGAUUAAGCAGUAUUUUGCAUAAGCGGAGUGAUGGGUGCUUAUUUUCUUCCCUGAAACAUGUUUUCCUUUGGUAGCUUUUGAACAGGCCCAAUUUAUACGGUUACUAUACUGUGUUGUCAUAGCGAUGACCGUCAAAAUGGAGCUACGGUAUCAAGUUAUUUGUGUCACAUCGUCUGACUCGAUUGACCUUUUGCACGGUUGCACACGUAUGCAACUCUGAUAUCAACACGUAUUGGCAGCGUCCAACUCUGGCAUCAGCUACAGACAACGGGAACUAUUAAACAUUAACCUUUGGCACUUUUGCAUCAAGUUACGUGAUGCAGGAAAUUUUAAAAAUAAUUCCCUUUUUCCCAAAAGGGGGUUUAUGGUGAAUCUUCUGGUUUUUCCUUCGUAGCUUCAACAUAAAGAGCAAUACUUGCCCUUUCAGUCAUUAUAGUGUCCUGCUCCUAGAGAACCAGGGUUUAUUGAUUUUUAGAGGAGUGUUAAUAAAACAAACGACUUUGGCAUGCAUUUUGUCCCAGCACCAGUAUCUUCAUCUUUUUUUUUUAAUGGUGUGUCACUAAUGUGAAAGACUGAAAGAUGUUUGCUUGAGAUGAAUGAGAUGCAACCAUGUCUAAAGGUGUUAUUCACGUGUCCUGUACCUGACAUCUUUUUAUCACUUGUUCUUUGGGUUCAUCCUUUUCUGAUGUAAAUAUUAAAGCAUUUUGUAAUGAAGACUA